AGUCAUUUCACAGAGUCAUCAAAAAUACACACACAUACUCUCUGUCUCUCUCCCCAAAACCACCAUGAUCACCUGCAAACCUUCCAACUUCAACUUCGGAACUCUCUUUCCCAACUUCACGUCCACAAGAAACCCUAAUGGAGGUUUAGAAAUUACCAAAACAGGCCAUGCUUCGCGAAACUACAAAUGCAUGGUGUUUUCUUCGUCUGUGGAUGGACCCAAAUGGAACCGCGACGACAAGCAUUUAUCUCCGAAUGGAUAUGAAAGUAAAAGCGGUUUCUUCCAGAAAGAGAGAGAGCGAGUAGAAGAUGAAGAAGAAGAAGAAGAAGAAGAAGAAGAAGGAGAAGAUGAUGAUGGAAAAGUACAUUGCGAAGUGGAGGUGAUUUCGUGGAGGGAACGAAGAAUCAGGGCCGAAAUGUUGGUGGAUGCCGAUAUCGAAUCGGUUUGGAACGCUCUCACGGAUUACGAGAGGCUUGCAGAUUUCGUUCCUAAUCUUGUUUCCAGUAAGAGAAUUCCAUGUCCGCAUCCUGGAAGGAUAUGGUUGGAGCAGAGAGGGUUCCAGAGGGCAUUGUAUUGGCAUAUUGAAGCUCGGGUUGUGUUGGACCUUCAUCAAUUUAUCAAUUCUGCUUAUGAUCGUGAACUCCGGUUUUCAAUGGUUGAUGGAGACUUUAAAAAAUUUGAAGGGAAAUGGUCCACAAAAUGCGGGACAAGGUCAUCAUCAACUAUUUUAUCAUACGAAGUCAAUGUGAUACCGAGAUUUAACUUUCCUGCAAUUUUCUUGGAAAGAAUUAUCAGAUCAGAUCUUCCUGUGAAUCUUCAAGCUGUAGCUUGUAGAGCCGAAAGGUCUCUUGAAGGGAAACAGGAAAUAGAAUUCACAGAAAAUUCCCUAGGUAGAAGAUCCAAGGUUGUUGAUAAUUCAGUCCAUACAAAUGCAGAUGGAGCGUUGAGCGAACAUGAUGAUGUGUCAUCUGAAGUGUUCAAAGAGGGUUCGGCUAUCUCUAGUUUUGGUCCAUUAACCCCAUCUUCUAGUGGGUUUAACAGUAAAUGGGGAGUUUACGGCAAAGUUUGCAGGCUUGAUAAGCAAUGCAUGGUGGAUGAGGUUCAUCUUCGUAGAUUUGAUGGUUUAUUGGAAAAUGGAGGUGUUCAUCGAUGUGUUGUAGCUAGCAUAACAGUAAAAGCUCCUGUCCGUGAAGUGUGGAACGUUUUGACUGCUUAUGAAAGUCUUCCUGAGAUAGUUCCAAACUUAGCAAUCAGUAGGGUAUUAUCAAGGGAGAACAACAAAGUUCGAAUUCUUCAGGAAGGAUGUAAGGGCCUGCUUUAUAUGGUACUACACGCUCGUGUUGUCCUGGACUUAUGUGAACAUCUUGAACAGGAGAUUAGUUUUGAACAGGUUGAAGGUGACUUUGACUCCUUUGAAGGAAAAUGGAUACUAGAGCAGCUAGGAAGUCACCACACACUGUUAAAGUACACUGUAGAGUCAAAAAUGCACAAGGAUACAUUUCUCUCUGAAGCUAUUAUGGAAGAGGUUAUAUAUGAAGAUCUUCCUUCAAAUUUGUGUGCAAUUCGAGACUUUGUUGAAAAGAGUGAGGUAGCUCACUCUUCGGGAGCAGAUGAUGAAAAAAUAUACAUAGAGCAAGAAACUGCUUCAUCUGACAUUGAGUGUGAUGAUGAUUAUGGUACACCAGCUGAGCAGGUUCCGGAUACUAAUGGAAAAGGUUCAUUUAGACAAAGGCCGAGGGUGCCUGGCUUGCAAAGGGAUAUUGAAAUUCUUAAAGCGGAGCUUUUGAAAUUCAUUGAAGAACAUGGACAGGAAGGAUUUAUGCCCAUGAGAAAGCAACUCCGUUUGCAUGGACGGGUAGAUAUUGAGAAGGCAAUUACACGUAUGGGUGGAUUCAGAAGGAUUGCAUCAUUGAUGAACCUCUCCCUUGCUUAUAAACACCGUAAACCAAAGGGAUUCUGGGACAGCCUUGAAAAUUUGCAGGAAGAGAUAAGUCGAUUUCAAAGAAGUUGGGGAAUGGAUCCAACAUUUAUGCCCAGUAGAAAGUCAUUUGAGCGUGCAGGUCGGUAUGACAUUGCUCGUGCAUUGGAGAAAUGGGGAGGCCUCCAUGAAGUUUCACGUCUUCUAUCACUCAAGUUGAGGCGCCAAAAUAGACAAGCAUACCUGUCCAGAGAGAAGAAAAUCGAUUAUUUAGCAGCAAGUCAUCAUGAUCUAGACGAUAAAAGUAGGACCAAAUCCAAUCCUUAUGUAUGUCAAGAUACACAAAAAUGGCUCUCAAAAUUAAAACAUUUGGAUAUCAAUUGGGUUGAAUGAAAUCCCUAUUUCAUUUUUCUACCUUUCUCUUAACUGGUUUUGUACAUAUUAUUUGUAUUUUAAGGUUGGUGUUGUACAUAUCAUUUAUAUUCUAAGAUUUUGUUUAUGUUUU